AUGGAUCCCCUCUCGAUCUUUGGGGCCGUCGCGGGCGGCAUCUCGGUCACGUCUGAGAUCGUCAAGGCCCUCGACAAGGCCAUCUCGACGGCCUCAAGGGUCAAGGAGGCGCCUGACCUUGCUGUAUCGACCCUCCGCGAUGUCUCAAUGAUGCGCCUCACCAUGGUCCGCUUCCAGCAGCUCCUCGACUCGCAGAGACUUGACGACCAGAGAAGCAUCUACUUCUCCCUCGACGACGCCCAGAAUGUCUUUCUCGGCUGCGUCACGUCGCUGGAUCAGCUGGAGAACCUGCUUAGGCCGCUCUCUGAUCCAAGGCUGCAGAGCCUGGAUAUUAGUGAUCGGCUGGAAUGGGCCAUGAAGGACAAGCGCAUCAACCAGCUAGCCCAGCGUGUGCGCGAUGCUCAAGCAUCACUGAAUUUGAUGCUUACCAUUAUGCAACACGAGUCCCUCAUUGAAGCCCGUGAAGCCAUCGCCGACCUGUCGGAGAUUUGCAAGAGGAUCGCCCCGGACGUCGCCCAUCUCAAGCGUAGAAGCAUCGAAUCUAUUCCGAGCAUUCAAAGCAGCAGAGAAAGCGUCCAAAGCGACGAUGCAUCCACCAUCAGACCAACGCCCCCCAAGAGGCCAGAAUCCAUCGCCAUCCCCACCCCCCAGAGCGACGCCCCCAGCUCUCGAUUUGCCUUUGAAGAGACGCUGGAAGCAUCCAGGCCCUAUAGAAGGGUCCCAAGUGGUGUUGAUGAAGUCUUUUCCUAUCGUUCCUCGGCGCUGAACAUGCGUGCCCUUUCACUGCUCUCGGAGCUCACGAGGCGCAGCUUGGGCAACAUGUCGACAAUGUCGUUUGUCGCCCUGCCCAUCUUCUGCAACGAUCUAUCCAACCCUCAACACUACACAUUUGGCGACGGGAACGAUACUGAUAAGCAACCGGCCCCAGCUAUCGAGCUUAACAAGUUUCCCUCACCGCCUCCAAACCGACCUCUGCCACCAACACCAUACUUGACUCCUCCCACAACACCACAAAGUCCUUCUCCAUCAACAAAGGCUAGCAUGUGGGGGAGGCUCAAGGUCAUGAGAAGACCAUUCGAAUCCGAAACCGCUCUAGUCUACCCUUCCAGUCCAAGCCUCGAGACACCUCUCAGCAUACGAAAUAACAUACCUUCGAUGGAACAGUUGAGCCAGCUACAAUUGAAGAACAGUGAAUGGCACCUUUGCCAUGGCGCAGGGGGGCUACCUUGCCACGGCGCGAUCGACAUGUCGCUUUGUCUAGAGUUCCCUUCAGAACAACUAUACACUUCCCAGAUAGACUUAGCCAGGUCCAAAGGCUUCCUCGACCAGUUCUACUGCAAAGGGUGCGAGUCAACUUUGGCCUACAUCGUCUCGGCGAGACGACCAGGGUGGUCGUCAUUUGAGCUCUGGUGUGGCUCAGAAGCUUGCCUCAGUGCCAACCCUGACUUGAAGCCGUGUGCUAGAUACGCACGCAGCAUCAAGGCUGGCUAUACAAUAGAUGGCUUCCUGGGAUACCGCAAUCUCGCCAGGAACGAGGUCAAGUGCGCUCGAUGCUUCUUCCUCUGUCCUGCUUGCGAGAUGAAGAGGCGAGGAGUUGACGAGAGUAGUCUACUCCAGUCUGAUCAAGACGAUAUCAAAGACGAAGAGGAUGCAGAAGCGUCUGACGACGCGCUUUGCUUAAUACUAGACGAGUUUUUGCCCCCUCGGGGACGCACAUUUGAAUAUCCUAGCACGCCAACAACAUCAGAUUCUGGAGACAGCACCUCACAGCUAGAUCAACGCACUCAGCUGCUGCAAGAGGGAUGGGGCGUAUCCGAGCCCUCUGUGGCUAUACCCGAAGAGAACCAAGGCGCCCUAGAGUUAGGGAGAGACAUUCUUUCCGUCAGGGAGGAGACAAAGGCAGAUUGGGGCAUUAGAAUCGAGUAUCCGGGCGUCCACUUUCACGGGGGACACAGUAAUCCCACCGGUUCUCUUGCUCUAGCAUUCCAAACAUUGAGGAGCCCGGGUUUGUCUUCGGAGCCCGUUACGGACGAGGAUACGGAGACGAUGUCAUUGCCAGAAGACGCCGAAGAUGAAGUGUCUGGCCCUGAUGACUUUCCACCACGGGAAUCAUUCUAUGAAGAACUGGAUGAGAUAGUAAAAGAGUCGGGAGGUAUUUGA